AUGCCGAGCUCUUACUCGAACAGCAUUUUGCUUGUGUGCCGUUUGAAUCACAUGGCCAUGUGUAGAAGUAGUAUGGACAACAGCACUGGGUCAGCUGCGACAGCAUAUUUGAAGACGUGCCUGGUGGCCGUGCCCCUGCUGACGGCACACUACGACGGUUCCGGCUCCCCCGCCUACCCUCCCCUCUCCCCCGCUGCCCGCUGCCCCGCUGCCGCUGCCACUUUUUCUUCAAACGAACAAAACACCCAGCAAACCAAAACAAGACGUUCUCUUUCUCUCUGUCUCUCUGUCUCUAUCUCUCUCUCUCUCUCUCUCUGUCUCUCUCUCUCUCUCUCUGUCUCUCUCUCUCUCUCUCUCUCUCUCUCUCUCUCUCUCUCUCUCUCUCUCUCUCUCUCUCUCUCUCUCUCUCUCUCUCUCUCUCUCUCUCUCUCUCUCUUUCUCUCUUUACUUCUCUCUUUCUCAAACCGACCAAACCAAUUCAAUCUCUCUCUCUCUCUCUCUCUCUCUCUCUCUCUCUCUCUCUCUCUCUCUCUCUCUCUCUCUCUCUCUCUCUCUCUCUCUCUCUCUCUCUCUGUGUACGUAUCAUACAUUUGCGUACGGUAG